ACAGGUUGCUUUAAUGUUGGCAUGUGUGUGGUGAGGGUGGGCUGGUUCAGCCUUGCUACUUAAAUUUAGUUUGGUUUAAAAAAAUAAAGAGCUCUGAAGGUGGGAAGCAGAGCUGUGGUGUUUCAGAGAUGGAGAAAAUGGUUGGAGGAGUUUGAAAAAGUUCAAAUCGUUUUUGUUUUUUAUUCUGGUCUGCUCUCCGCUCCAUGACUUCUACUGGGAAGUACUAUAAGAGCUGCAAUAAGAUUCAUCCAGGAGGGUAUUUCUGUCUGAACAAGAGAAAACUCCAGCAACAUGGAGAAGUUUAAAGCUGCCAUGGUUCUCGGUGCAGUUGGUGAUGCUUUGGGUUACAAAAAGGGUCGCUGGGAGAGCUGCACAUCAGGCAAGAAGAUCCAAGAGGAGCUGGCCUCUCUGGGGGGACUGGAGUCCCUUACGUUGGACCCUGAGAACUGGCCCCUGAGUGAUGCAGUGCUGAUGCACAUGACUACAGCUGAAGCACUCAUAACAGAUUACUGGUGUCUGGAGGACCUGUACAGGGAAGCGGUGCGUCUCUAUGUGGAAGCCAUGGUCUCUCUCCAGGGACGAGCUCCUGAUCCUGCAACCGUAGAGCCCUGCGUUCACCUUAAACCUCAUAACUUCCUGCUCGCUUGGCAUACUCCUUUCAAUGAAAAGGGGUCUGGGUUUGGAGCAGCAGCCAAAGCCAUGUGUGUCGGAAUGAGAUACUGGCAGCCUGAGAGACUGGAUAACUUGGUGGAGGUCAGCAUUGAGAUUGGAAGAAUGACCCAUAACCAUCCAACAGGCUUCCUUGGCUCCCUAACAACAGCAUUAUUUGCAUCCUUUGCAAUCCAGGGGAAACCUCUUGUGACUUGGGGCCGUGAGCUCAUGAAGGUCAUCCCCCGUGCAGAGGAGUUCUGCAAGAAAACAAUACGUCAUAUGGCAGAAUAUCAGGAAAAUUGGUUUUAUUUUGAAGCUAAAUGGCAGUUUUACCUUGAAGAGCGAGAGAUUGAUAAGGAUGGAAACAACAAACCAUCAUUUCCUGAUGCUUAUGAUGCAGAAGAGACAGAUAAAAUGUAUAAGCGUUGGAGCUCAGAGGGUCGAGCAGGGCGCAGAGGUCAUGAUGCUCCCAUGAUCGCUUAUGAUGCACUUCUGGCUGCAGGAGGCGACUGGGCAGAGCUGUGUAAACGAGCCAUGUUUCAUGGAGGUGAGAGUGAAGCCACAGGUCUAAUCGCAGGCUGCCUCUAUGGCCUCAUGUAUGGCAUAAACCAGGUUCCUCUGAACCUCUACCGGGAUUUGGAUAAAAGAGAACACCUAGAGGAGCUGGGAGAGGCACUCUAUAAGGCAGCAUCUGCAGAGAAAUGCACAGAGAAGUAAUCCUCAUCUUCACUGAGUUGAACCUACUGCUAUCAGAGAAACUGAACGUGACGCCUCCCUGUUGGCCUGACACAACCCUCCCUCAGUCCCUGAGUACUAUUACUGGACGUUCUGUCCUCUUUUCCCCUCUCACUCCUUUUCCCAUUUUGAUUUUUCUUUCUGGGUACUAUCCACACAUCUGUCAUGAUUUUUUUUAUUAAAAGGUCAAAUUUUGUCUCACUAAAAAAGAAUAACUGAGAAAUAUCAUAAGGGAGGAACUGAAAUGACAUUCUUCUUGAAAUAUCUCACACAUGAUUCAUGUGUAGUUUACCUAAAUCUGGAUAUUUUGCUUUCUGCUUAAACUGUUUUACUUGCAAGUGACAGAGCUGUGGGGAAAGAAAAAAGCUCCUGCUUUUUUAACUUACAGUAACUUGGGGAAAGUAAAGGAGAUCUUUACUUUCUCUGGGUGUUGCCCUUUUUUCUAAAGCUAACUGUUAUUAAUAUGAAAUUUAGAGAACAUGCAAUCAAGUCUAAUUGCCUUACAGUUUGAGUAAUCCUGCUUCAGCAGCUAGCUUCUGCUUAACUCCUUUCUUCUUCGAAUGAUAAAAAAUAAUUUAUACUAUUUCCUCACAAAUAAACCUUAGAGC